AUGGGCAGAACUAAUGUGUUAGCUGACAACACGCGCGAAUCACUAGACGUCGUGCGGAAUUGUGUUUUUUUUUGUUUCUUUUUCUUUCUUCCUUUCUGUCUUUCUCAUCAUUUGUUUGUUUGUUUCUUGUGUUAUUUUAUUUCUUUCUUUCCCUCUUUCUUUCUUAUCUUUUGUUUGUUUGUUUCUUUCUUUAUUCCUUUAUACCUUUCUUUAUUCCUUUAUACCUUUCUUUCAUUCUUUCUUUCUUUCUUUUUUCUUUCUUUCUUUUUUUCUUUCUCGUCUUUUGUUUGUUCCUUUCUUUUGUUUUCUUUCUUUCUUUCUUUCUUUCUUUCUUUCUUUCUUUUGUUUUGUUGUUUCUUUCUUCUGGCGUUUUCUUUCUCAUUUUGCUUGUUUGUUUCGAUCUUUCUUUCUUUCUUUCAUUCUUUCUUUCUUUCUUUCUUUCUUUCUUUCUUUCUUUCUCAUCUUUUGUUUUUUUGUUUCUUUUGUUUCCUUUCUGUCUUUCUCAUCUUUUGCGACUGGUUUCUUUCUUUCUCAUCUUUUGUUUGUCUCUUGCUUUUCUCGGUUUCUUUCUUUCUUUCUUUCUUUCUUUCUUUCUUUCUUUCUCAUCUUUUUUUGUUUGUUUCUUUCUUUUGUUGUUUCCUUUCUGUCAUUCUCAUCUUUUGUUUGUUUAUUUGUUUCUUUCUCAUCUUUUGUUUUUCUCUUUCUUUUCUCGUUUUUUUUCUUUUUUUUUUUUUCUUUCUUUCUUUCUUUCUUUCUUUCUUUCUUUCUUUCUUUCUUUCUUUCGUUUCUUAUUUCAAGUCUUUUAUCACCUCUUUUCUUUUCUCUCCUUCUUUCAUGUCUCCCUAUUUCAAUGAUCUUUGUCUUGCAAUUCUUUCUUUCUUUUUCUAUAGGAAUCCUUUCUUUAUUGACACUCUCUUUCAUCUUCAUUCCUGCUAUGAUUCGUCCUUCAUGUAUUUUACAAUUCCUUUACGUCAGCCAUUUUUUCUCUCUCUCUCUCUACCUCGCCGUCAUUACUGUCUUCAAAACAAAUAA